CUCCCCCUCCUGCCCACGGGCUGCCAGUCACGCCGAGGCCGGGCGCUGGGCCAGGCCGGGCCGGGCCUGGCUGGGCAGGGCUGGAGGCGGAGGGAGCGCGGCGGGGGGCCGGGCUUGGUGGCGCGUGUCCUCGGCGCGGCUAAUCCCGGUGGGGGCAGCCUCCGGGGCGUGUGCAGAGCGGGCGGGCGGGAGCGCGUGCGGGUCCGGGGCGGCAGGCGGAGCCGGGCCAGUGCCUGGGGUCUGGCCGGCGGCGCUCGGCGGCCGUGGCCCAUGUUUUCUUGCUUCUGCUUCAGCCUGCAGGAGAAGUCCUUCAGCAGCCCAGCCGCAGCCGAGUGUGACGAGGACCCUGUGCCUGUUCAUGAGGACCAGCCUGACUGCGCCAGCCUCAGAGAUGAAAAUAAUAAAGAAAAUUACCCUGACAACAUCGCCCUCCUAGAAGAGAGCCAGCAGCAUGUAGAACAGGCCCUGUUCCAUGGAGCAUUGCGAUACACUAUGGGCAACUUCAAGUCUAGAAAACCCAAGUCCAUCAUCAAAGGGGAGCCCGGGAAGGGCCAUGCCGAUAACCAGGAGCCAGAGAAUGUUUCUACCAGCCCAUCAGAAUGGCAAGGGAAAGCAGGAGCCCCAGCUAAUGAGGGUCCUCAGAAUGUAGCCUUCCACUGCCAAGAUGUGGUGCGUCAUCAGCCAAGAUCAGAUCAGAGGGUGGCUGUUUGGCCAAAGGAAGCAGUGGAACCUCUGCGGGACUUAAACGAGGAAGAAGCCGCCCCGCUGCCCGGACUCAAGGACCCGGCUCUGUCGGCGAUCCGGAGCCUGCCAGGGGAUGAAGCCCGCGCGGGAGACCCUGCGCCGGCCUACAAAGCCUGGCAGAACGAGGCAGAGAACGGCUGCGAGGAGCCACCGACCAUCGGGACCAGCCGCCUGCUGCGCCACAUCACGGACGGAGACCACCCCCUGCUGUCGCCCCGAUGCUCCAUCUUCAGCCAGAGCCAGAGGUUUAACCUGGACCCCGACUCGGCCCCGUCGCCCCCCAGCGCCCAGCAGUUCAUGAUGCCCAGGAGCUCUUCCAGGUGUGAGGAUGGCAAAGGGCCCCAGACCGUGACCCAGCUGACCAAGCACAUCCAGGGCCUCAAGAGGAAAAUCAGAAAAUUCGAAGAAAAGUUUGAGCAAGAAAAGAAAUAUCGGCCUUCUCAUGGAGACAAGACUUCCAACCCUGAAGUCCUGAAGUGGAUGAAUGACUUGGCCAAAGGCCGGAAGCAGCUCAAAGAACUGAAGCUAAAGCUCUCAGAACAACAUGGGAGUGUGCCCAAAGCCCUGCCCCACCAGACCUUGCACCAGGAACCCACCACUGUGCCCAAAGAGACAGAGAAGCCAGAAGCUGCAGGCACCGAGCCAAAUUCCUCUGGGGAAGAGAUGCCAGAUGCCCUGGUCAAGCAGUUGAAGGAGCAGAGAGAACCACUGACUGCCCAGGAAGAUGCCAAGGUAAUGAAGCAAGACAAGAGCCUGAUAAAGCCCCUUUAUGACCGCUACCGGAUCAUCAAGCAGCUUCUGUCGGCGCCCUCGCUGAUCCCGACCAUCGAAGAAGAAGAUUCUGAUGAAGACUGUCCCCAGGGUGGCCACCAGCCUUCCUUGUCAGACUCAGCCUCCCACGUACCCCUGGGUGAGGCCCUUCCCUUCCCCAGCGAGACUGAGCCGGCUGCGGCCCUGCCUCUGGAUGCCAAGAAGGAGGCCAGACACCCGGCCCUUUCCAUGUCGAACCUGCACGAGGCCACCAUGCCCGUCUUGCUGGACCAUCUUCGGGAAACCAGAGCCGACAAGAAGCGGCUUCGGAAGGCGCUCAGAGAGUUUGAAGAGCAGUUUUUUAAGCAAACUGGACGGAGCCCGCAGAAGGAAGACCGAAUCCCCAUGGCAGAUCAGUACUACGAGUACAAGCACAUCAAAGCCAAGCUGAGGUUGCUCGAGGUCCUCAUCAGUAAGCAAGACGUUUCGAAGACGAUCUGAGGAGGCGGAAAGGUGCCGAUGGAGCCCUUCCAGCAAAGGAGCCUUUUCUCAGCCCACCCUUCAUCUUGGGUCAUUGGAACACGGCCAGAAGCACUUUGAGCAACAGGAUGAGCUUGUGGAUGAGAAAGGACGGCCGAGGCGGUCCUCCGCGAUGGGAGUUCGAAGACUGGGCCCAGGAUCCAAGGAAAGCCGCCUCGGGGGAGCCGGCCACAACGGCAACUUGGGCCCGGCCAAUUGUGUGUGUAAGGUUGAACCUAUUCCAUGGCGGAGGGUGGCAGCUCCUUAGGGAGAAGCAUCCGGUUCCGUUUUGAAGACAGGCUCACGCGGACAGUGUGAGAAAGGAGAGUGUGGAAAACAAAGAUCAAAGUCCUUUGGGAGAAAAAGCAAAACGAGAAGAGAAAAUCUGCUUUUUCACUAGAAAGGAAUAAAAUGGGUAGCAAAAUAGUUAACAUGAAGCUUCCAAGAGAAGUUUCUUCUAGAUAAGCAAACUCCCCCAGACAUCCAGUUGUCUUUUUGGUCUCGAGUACCUCACAAGAGCCGGCUUUAGACUAGGUGAUGGCUGACUUCAUUUCUACACAAAAAUGAGCACCUUACUUUUGCCUAUGAUUUGAAAUUCUGUGUUUCCAAUGACCAAAGCUCCUUCUGACGGCAUGCACUUUGUGAAUGAUCAAGUAUUCUUUGUCUAUAAUUGCCAGAUGUUUAUAUUAAAAUAAAAAUAUUGCGUUAAAAUUUGAAAAUAGGUAUUUUGGAUAGCUAAAUGUCUGUAGCCUACAACCCCAUCGCUGGUCAUGCUUACCAAGCUUUUUGCUUCCUGAAACUCAGAUAGGACUAUUUUUCCAUUGGAAAUAUGCAUUUUUCUUAAUGCUUACAUGCAGUGUUGUAAAUGCUCUCAGUGAAAGACCUAAGCAUUUCCUCAAGCUGUGAUCACUUCACGUCUGUGGGCUCCAACUUUGGGGCAGAGAGGGGCGGCUGCUCCUUCUGAAGCCACCCGCCGCCGGUCCUUUGUUUUGGCCCCGGAGUCUGCAGGCUGGCGCCCGAUUUGAAGAAACUGGCUGGUUCAGAGUGUGGACGAGAAAAGGCGCCGAGCCCUCCCCAAGGGGCCUCGCUUUGGCCUGGGCGGCUGGUUUUCUGAGCGGCGGCGGCGCCUUCCGGAACUCGGUUCACUGAAAUCCGUGUCUAACCCUGAGAGCACCCGACAACACACAGCCGCCCACAAGCCCGGCCCAGACAGUGCGUGCACUCGCUCUGAAAAUGUAACUCUAUAUUCUAGAUGCCUGUAAAUAUUUUAUAUAACAGUACAAAUAAAGUAUUUUUCUAUUAUAUUUAUUAUGUUGAAACACACUAGUUGUUUCCUGUUAGCUAAUAUAAAUAACAUAAAUAACACUGUCAAACAACGCGCUGGAAGUGCUGACAAUUCUAGGCUUCAAGGUUUGGAACUCAUGCUGCAGUUACAACCGCUCAUGCUGUUGGAGUUAUCCCGGGUCGGCUCAGUAGAUUAAAAUGAAUGCAUAUUGAAA